ACCGCCGGCCGCGCAUUGUUUUGUAUUCGUGGAACGUAAUCGCAGGAGUCGAGUUGUGCGUUAUGCGCACCGGUAGUGCUCGUGCCUAUACAAUGCAAAAACGUGAUUCCCGCGCGAGUGUUUUAAGGAUUUGAGCAAAACAGUGUGAAUUAAAAUUACUGAGAGAAAAUUGUGGUUUAUUGUUUACUAUAAUGAACUUUAGUGACACUUAAGUAUUACUUAUAGUUUUGAAUAAACUGGAUUUGUCUUGUGACAACUACAAAAUCAAAUUGAAGGAUGUCAAAUUUUCAACGAACAAGAAGCAAGGUUUGGUGGGGUGACGCACCGCCGAAUGUAGGCAGUCCAGUGGCUCAACCAGAGUGGAACCAAAACGAUCGAAGAGACGAGCAAAAUUGGGAGCCUCAGCUACCUCAUUGGAUUGCAAAUCAGCCAGAACAAAGGAAUGUUAGUGCUGAAAAUUUAGCGCGAGUUAAUAACAUGCCAAAUCAGUGGCCCAACCGUCAUGGCAGUCCCGGCAGUCAUAAGAGUCAGGAUUCAGGAUUUUCUGACUCUGACAGCUCUCCUCCAGUAUCUCAAUAUUAUUCCACACUAGAUAAUAGUGAUAAAGAUAAUAGCGAUAAAAAUAAAUCGACGAAUAGUAGUGACUCUAAUAACAAUGAGAAUAUUACUGUUAAACAAGCAAAAGAUUUUCAAAACUCACUGCAUUGUAAAGAUUUAAAUAACUCAAACACAUCUAAUAAUGUUAAUUCUGCAAUUCCAACGCCAAUGCCCCGAUUGAGAAGCAGUAGCGUUAUACAAACUCCUUAUGACCUACAGAAAUAUUGCGAAAUUCAUCAUGAUGAAGAGCAUAUGGAGUUGCUGAAAGAUAAAGAAAAUGAAAAUGCGAAUAAUGUAGAAUCAAAAUAUCCCUCUCCGAAAAACAAUAACAAUGAGUCACUGGAUAAGGACAAGGUGACGAAAACAAUAAACAAAUCAGUAAAUUCGAACUCGGGCAGUAAAGUUAAUUAUUCAUCAAACCUUUUAAAUAUUAAUAGCAAUAAAGAAAAUACACCGAAUACGAGUGCAAUACAAAUAGAUGCCAAAGAUAUAUCUGUAAAAAAUUUAAAUGUUUUAAGUCCAUCUAAGAAAUAUCCAAUAAAAAAAUUUGUGUCAAGUACAGACAGUACCCAAACUAGUAAAGUAGCUAGAGUAAAAGAUUUGGAAACUAGUAAGAAUAAAUCAGACGAUAGCUUAGAAUACAUCAAGUUAUCGCACAAUAAUGAAAUUGCGGUUGUUAAUCAGCCUAGAGUUCGAACACCAAUAUCUAAUGUUUCGUAUGUACCAACUGAAAGAAUAACAUCAGGAAAACCAGAAUACAGACGUAGUAUGUCUAAUGAAGAACAUAUCCCUAUUUCAACCACUCCUAAAUUUCAGAGAAACAGGCUUAAUCAAUCUCUCAAUUUUGAGGGACAGAGGUUAGAUCAACAAAUAUUAGACAUUCAAGAAGGAUAUCAUUCCUUGGGUUAUAUUGAUGAAGAUGAAUUACCCAAACCAGAAAAACUAUAUUCAAAAGACCAAGUACAUAAACCUAUUAAAGCGUUACUGGGUAAAAAUAUAAUGGAUAGUCUACAUUUAAAACCGACUAAAAAAGCUGGACCCAAAUCUAAACAUCGAUUAGUUGCUAGAGGAGAAAAAAUCAAGGAUCAAUUUAAGUUCUUUACCACGAAAAAGGAAAAGCCUGUUGUUGUAUCAGACAAAGCUGGAGGGGUUUUAAACGGAAGUCGAGUACCGUCACUUGGUCUACCAAGGACAUGCGAUCAAAACUCAUGGGUAAUUGUUGGAUAUCCAAAGCAACAGGAAAUGUUAAUACCUAAUUAUAACGAAAGACUAGUAGGGACAGAAAAUGAUAAAAGUUUUAAACAACAAGAUAAAGGUGCUUCUAACGAAAAUAUCGAAAAAUGCAAUCGACUUACCCCACCGUUACAAUUUCAAGAUAAACAAAGCAUCCCAUACGAAACAGAUUCCAAAACGGACAAAAACUUAACACACGAUUCCAAGAGAGAAAAAUUAAAAGUGGAUGAUAUGAACUUUACAGAUGUUCAAUUAGAUUUAGGUUGUACUUCGACACCAAAAAUGCUAGCGCCUCAUGAGUAUAUGAAUGGUGCUCAAAAUAGUAGUAAGAAUUCUCGUAGAGUCAAUCUCUUAGAAAACUUUAAUAGCGGGUUAAUCUUAAACAAUCGCAAUGAAAUAUUGUUCAGAGAAAGGAGCAUCGACCAGACAACUUUAGAGCGUAUCUGCGACAGGAAACCCGAAUCUGUGCAAUAUUGGCUUUCGGAUUUGGUCGGAUCAUGUGAAAAUGAAUGUAUGACGACGCUGCAGAGCAAACCGUUGGGGGCUGAAAUGAAAGCCUUGGUGUCAGCUAGUUCAGCAACGAUAACAGGGAACAUAAAGAAGGUGCAGACCCACGGGCAAAUCAUAGUGCACCAGUAUAGUGACGUCAUUAGACAAAUGGAUUCUAACCAAAUAAGUGAAGAGCAGAUAUGUCUUCUAGUAGCCAAUAUCAACGAAUUUGUCCUAGCACACAGUAUAACGCUUAACACUAAGCCGCCGGGAGAAACGCCCGAGAGAUGGGAUAAAAUUAAAGUUUCUUUACAAAUGUAUCUCCAAAAGCUCAUAGAUAUUGGAGAGGAUGUAAAAAUCGAGUUAAACGAGAGCAAACCAGAGUGGAAUCUUGUACAGAAACAUUUAGACACUCUCAUUGAAAUAUUCUUAGAGACGACUAAAGCUGUUUUGGUGCAGCAAAUGAAGACGCUGGUGUCAAUAAUCGAAGAACCACCAUCGGAUUUGAUACUAAAAAGCACCCUUACUUCGAUCGGUCACCUAGCAAUGCUGACUGGAGACACCGAGACUUCCUUACACGAGAAAUGCGCUAAAAUCAUGAAGAGUAUAACUGAACUGCCGUUCGUGGACUGUGGAGUACCAAGAGCGUUGUUGACAGCUAUAAUAGAGACUAAGAAAAGCUCUAUAAAGGCUCUUUCGUUGAGAGCUCUUGCUACUGUAUGCGUUACUGGAGAUGCGGUGAAACAGUUUGAAGAGGGAGGUGGUAUAGAAAUCCUAUCAGACAUUCUCUCCGACGGGUCGAACCCAGAACCGCAGAUGAGGGAAGCUAUCACCGUCCUCACUCAGAUCACAGCGCCGUGGUUGCGCGGCCAUUACGACCUCACACAGUUGCAUCUGUUCCUGAACAACAUCGUGGAACAUAUCACUGGUCUUUUAUCAAGAACGGAAUGCUGCCAGCUUCUACUUCUCUGCACGGCUUGCCUCGUGAACCUGGUACGAGAGUUGGAGCUGGAAAGGAAAGAAGAUACGAAGAGCUCCGAUAUUGUACCCGUGAUUACUCAGCAUCGCACCGUAGAGAGACUUCUGGACGCUGUAAAGCGACGUGGACCAAAUAUUUCCGUGUUUUUACAGGAACAGACAGCUUCCCUGCUAGCAUCACUGUCGAGAGUGCCACGGUGCGUGCUACUCCUUUCGCGAGUAUCAUCCGCCAGCGUAGCUCUCGUAUGCUUCGUUCGCCCCGUGUCGCCUGUCGCCCCGCGUAGAGCUGAACAGCGCGCGCAGCACCGUCUGCAUUGUCACGCUGCCGAGGCGAUCUCUAGACUGACCAUAGUACCGGACGUGGCACAUCAAAUAGUCCAGUUAGAGGGAGUUCCGCACCUUACCCACCUGGUAAGGACGCAGCGAACCCGGCCCUCUCCAGACGGCAACCCUGACCAGAUCCUCAUACACUGCCUCAAAGCUCUCCGUACCAUAUACAAGCACCAUCCAGAAGCAUUUUCGGACCAUAAGGACGUAGAUGAAAUGAUAAGGCCUCACUUGAUGGAGUCCUUGAUGCUCUUCUCCGCGAAACAAGAGAGCUACGUUUGAACUGUGGUACGAUUAAAACCUCGUAAAUGACAGAAAGUCGUUGAUUUUCUUAGACUCUCGAUAAUUUUCUUUGACUGUCGUUAAAUUUGUGACAAUUUCGUUAAUAUUGCCUGAAAGUUGUUAGUUUUGUCAGUCGUCUUGUGUUUUAGAAUAAAGUGAGAUUCUUCUAUAAAGUUUCAGUUUCAGACUCCCUUUCGAACUGAGCACCUGUACCCGUUAUCGUAAGAUUUGUACUCUUUCAAUCUUAACUGACUAUUCGAGAGUUGUGAGACUGCCACGUCAGAGCAAAAUGUACCUUGUUUUAACCAGUGCUAUUGGUAAAUAAAAAUCAGUAAGUCGUAAGGGAUAUGCUACGCUAAAAUAAGCUUAAGGUUUUUUUUAUUUUGACGUUAUAGCGUGAAUAUCUCAUAGUUAGGUACUAAAGAGGGCAGUAUUGCCGUUCUCGAAUGAGGUAACGGUCAAAAUUUUACUAAAUAAUAUUCGAAUAUUUAGUUUUAUAUUUCGAAUAAAAUUUAUAAUACCUUAUCAGAAUUUAAUCGCUAGCGUAAAUCCUUAUUGACUUCGAUCGGGGACCAGAAAAAAGAGUCCUGCUAUUAAGAUUUUUGUUUUUUUUUCUUCAAAGGCAAUAUUCUGCGUCAAUAAAUUAUGCGUUAUUAAAAACAAAUUAAAAAAUGACGUAUUUUAAUAAAUAUUUAGGUUUUAAAGUUUCUUUCGUAUGAAAGUCGUUAUUUAUAUAUUCUCUAUUUAUACUAUUUUAUUGUUGACCUAAGUUUGAGCUAAAAUGAUUCCAAAGAUAGUUUAGUUGCUCAGGGGCUACUUUUGCUAUAAUGUUAAAUGGAAAUAAUAGAUAACUAGAUUUGACUGAAAACGUCUGCAUAUCGUAAAAAUUUCUAAUGUGUAAGAUAUUCUUUUCACCAUUAAAAUUAUUAACUACUGCGGCGAAACAACAAACGCAUAAUUUGACAGCGCCUGUUUGGAUGUAUACUCAUCGGAAAUUUUGCAUGGAAAUGACACGUGUCGUAGCUGGCAACUUUUAGUUUAUCGAUAUACCGACUUUGAACUCCAGCCAGACCUAAGGCCAGGGCCGUAUUACCACCUAGACAUCGG